AUGCAGUGUUCUGUGAUACGUUAUUUAGCAAAAUUAGGAGAAAAAGAAAGGUUGGAAAACAGAUUUGACAGUGAAAUUACAAGGUCAAGCUUACUACUCAAGCAUGGUCCACCAACAAGUGAAGAUGAAGAACAUGAAAAACAUAGGAAAGAAGAUAGUAACAACAGCAAUAAGUCUUGGGAUAAGAACCUACUCGAAGUCAACUUGUUAGUGGCCACAAUCAUAGCCAGCAUCACAUUUGCCGCAGCUGUUUCAAUGCCUGGGGGCUACGGCAACCCAGAUGGCCUGCAAAACUUACGAAAAAAACUCAAAUUCAAGUACUUUUUGGCAUUUGAUUCGGUGGCUUUUGGCUUGGCAGCUGCCUCUAUGAUUAUCCACUUUCUGUUUGUGUCCAUUUCAAAACUGUUGGGGAGAACUUUAUCCUAUCCUUUUAAGACAAUAAUGGUAUUGACAUACUCUUCCAUUGGAUGUACAGUGUGUGCAUUCAUUGCAGCCAUUCAAGCUUCACUCGAACUCGAACAAACGGACAAACCAACAUCUGAGUCUCUUCAAGCAAUCUACGCUGCCCUCUCUUUCAUUAUCCCGGUCUUUAUUUAUGCCAUUUCUGUUGUUGUUAGAUGUCACCGCCACGGCUACUAUGUUAUGUGCACAAGAAUGUACAUCAAGGCCUCGUUAGCAAGAACGAUCAGAUCAAUUAUAUGUAGUCAGGGUCGGCCGUGAAUUGUUGUGUGGGGUCCUAGACACAAAUUUGGCAUGCCUGUGCCCAGAGCUCAGAGCUCGGAGCUCGGCCUGUAUGUAGAUGUAUUUCCCCCUUUUUUUUUUCUUAAUUUUAUAGUGUCUUUUGUUAAUUAAACCA